AUGACUUCGACACCUCAUGUACCCAUCCCCGCCAAAGGGGUCGACUACCGCGGGAAGGUUGUCCUUGCGCCGAUGGUGCGAUCGGGCGAACUUCCCUCACGUUUGAUUGCGCUGAAAUAUGGAGCAGAUCUCGUCUGGGGCCCUGAAACCAUCGACAAGGCCAUAAUGGGAGCCGCUCGACGGGUCAACCCGCGGACCAAUACCAUCGAAUUUACUCGCAUAUCCUCCAAUAAUCAGAAGGAAUCUGUCUUAUACCGUAUCGACCCGGAGAACGAGAAGGGGAAACUUAUAUUCCAAAUGGGCACGGCGUCACCGGAGCUCGCUGUCAAGGCGGCCAAGGUGGUGGCCGCGGACGUUGCGGGAAUAGACGUUAACUCGGGCUGCCCAAAACCAUUCAGCACUAGCGGAGGCAUGGGAGCAGCGUUGCUACGAACCCCAGACAAACUUGUUUCCAUCCUUGAGGCACUUGUGCGUGAAAUUGGAACCCCCUACGAGAUAGGCAUAUCGGUCAAGAUUCGGCUUCUGGAGACGCCGGAAAUGACGAAGGACCUUGUCACUCGAUUGGUGGCCACAGGUAUUACGGGCUUGACGAUUCACUGUCGCACAACGCCAAUGCGGCCUCGAGAGCGAGCCAUUCGAGACCAACUGAGAAUGAUUGCUACUGUUUGUCGCGAGGCGGGUGUUGCGUGCGUCAUGAACGGCGAUGUUACCUCGCGAGAUCAGGCGCUUGCGUUAAUGGCCGAAUAUGAUGUGGACGGUGCCAUGAUUGCGACUGCAGCUGAGUCGAACUCGUCAUGUUUUCGGUCGGAAAAGGACGGCGGGCUUUUGCCGUGGCGUGAUGUUGUUCGCGAAUAUAUACAGGAGUGCAUGCGAGUGGAGAAUAGAUUUGGAAACACCAAAUAUCUGAUGAAUAUGAUGGUCAAUGCGAAGGAUAAAGAGUUCAAACAAACCAAGCAGUGCAGGAACUAUUUGGAUGCUUGUCAGAUCCUAAAAUAUGACGAUCUCAUACCGGCAGCAAUGGAAACUGAUAAAAUUCUUGGCCUGGAUACGAGGGAGACUAUCAGCAAAGGUAAAGACGACAAAACCUCUGCAGUCCAAGAUGCAAUUGAGAACAACGAGUCCGCUAGAGCUGCUGGCAGCUCCGUGCAAGGCCAGAAACAGGCAGCUGCAAAGCAGGGGCCUGGUCCUAUUAGAACAAACUCCAGUCGUGCGAGUGUGCCGAAGAUGCCUGCUGAGGCUGAAACUGAUCUGUCUGCAUCUUCCACCGCACAACAGACUGCUGGGGUAACGGUUUGA